GAGCCAGAGAGGCCACAGUUACCCGCCCUGUGCUGUCAGUCGGGUUGACAGCUAGGUGGCUAACCGGUGGCUUAGCUUGGGGCUGUUUGGACAAGCUCGGUCGUUUGCUAGAACCCUCAAUCUCUCCACAAAAUACCAAUCAUGGCCCUUCUGGAACUUGCCAUGCAAGGAUUUUCUAUCUUUGGCUUCAUUUUAUUUUUUGUAUUGUGGCUCAUGCAUUUCAUGUCCAUCAUCUAUGUCCGCCUCCAUCUCAAUAAGAAGACUCCUGAGACCAAGCAACCCUACUGUAAACUAAUGGGUGUCUCGUUGCUGAAGCCACUUAAAGGAGUGGACCCCAAUCUCAUCAACAACUUGGAGACCUUUUUUGAGCUGGACUAUCCCAAGUAUGAAAUUCUGCUGUGUGUUCAAGACCAAGAUGAUCCAGCCAUCGACGUGUGCAAGAAGCUCUUGGGAAAAUAUCCUAACGUUGAUGCAAGGUUGUUUAUUGGGGGGAAGAAGGUUGGCAUCAACCCUAAAAUCAACAACCUGAUGCCCGGGUAUGAGGGUGCUAAGUAUGACCUGGUAUGGAUCUGUGACAGUGGCAUACGAGUGAAACCGGAUACCUUAACCGAUAUGGCUAAUCAGAUGACUGAGAAGGUGGGGCUGGUUCAUGGUCUCCCGUACGUGGCUGACAGGCAGGGCUUUGCCGCUACCUUAGAACAGGUGUAUUUCGGCACGUCCCACCCACGCUCCUACAUCUCUGCCAACGUGACAGGGAUCAAGUGUGUGACGGGGAUGUCCUGCCUCAUGAGGAAGGACGUCCUGGACCAGGCUGGAGGUCUCAUUGCCUUCGCCCAGUACAUCGCUGAGGACUACUUCAUGGCUAAGGCCAUAGCCGACAGGGGAUGGAAAUUCUCAAUGGCAACACAGGUAGCCAUGCAGAACUCGGGCUCCUAUUCCAUCGCGCAGUUUCAGUCGCGAAUGAUCAGGUGGGCCAAGCUGCGCAUCAACAUGCUGCCCGCUACCAUCUGUGAGCCCAUCUCCGAGUGCUUUGUGGCCAGCCUCAUCAUCGGUUGGGCAGCCCACCAUGUCUUCCGCUGGGACAUCAUGGUGUUCUUCAUGUGCCACUGCCUAGCCUGGUUCAUUGCUGACUACAUACAGCUACGAGGAGUUCAGGGCGGCCCUCUAGCCUUCUCCAAGCUGGACUAUGCUGUGGCCUGGUUCAUUAGGGAGUCGAUGACCAUUCAGAUUUUCCUGUCUGCGCUGUGGGACCCCACCAUCAGCUGGAGGACCGGCCGAUACCGGUUACGCUGCGGUGGCACCGCCGAGGAGAUCCUGGACGUAUAGCCACACCCGUUCUGGUGCUUGGACUCAUGGGAGCAAGGUUCCAUGGAAACCACACUGAAGGACACGCUCACAGACAAGCGUGGCAGCUGCCAUGGAGAAGACAUGAACUUGAAGAAAGUUUAAUCUUUUUCUUUUUCCUUGAGAAGGAAGUCCUUGUUUGAUUGUUUUUAAUUUGUGUGUUAAAAUGUGUUAGGUUGUUAUUUAUGUUAUUGGUGCUCUUAAGAAACCUCACAUGUAAGGCAGAAAUCCUUUAGAACCUUCUACACAGGAAUAAAGAGUUAGGAAGGAGGACAUGGUGUGUGUGAGAGGGAGAGGGAGGGAGGGAGGGAAGGAGUAGUGGCUUGAAGUGCAGGAUUUUCUGUUGUGGGUGGUCUGACCCCAGUGUUCGAGGUCCAGUAAAGGUCAAGAAACACAGACAUUAGGAUAGAAUCAUCCUUAGGGUAAAGAUUUAGCAUUUAGCUUAGUAACUGUAGAAAUGUUAUGUGUCUAUCCGCUAGGAAAUGUAGGACCAGUAAUCUGGUGAUGAUGCAUGUUGGAACGUUCAGAUCGCAGACUCAACCAGAGGGAUAACGUUCCUCAAUCCUCACCAAUGUAAAUACACCAGAUCCACACAGAUCCACCAGGGGAACAGCUAAAAGACCCCCCCCCCCCCCCCCCCCCAACCCCCACACCCUACUGUGUCCUAGACACACCUUCCUCACUGCAGACACAUGUUCAUUGGUCGAUCCAGAAUGGCCACUUCCUGUAGAACAUUGGCAAACCCCUCCUCCGGUCAUUGUGGUGGGAGUCAGCUGGCUGUCUGGUUGGCUGCUUGGUUGGCGGAUGGCUUCAUUGAUGGCUGGCUGUCACCUUGAGCUCUGUUUACCUUUUCUCACCGUGCUCUGAACGAACACAUGGUCUGUGUUCUACAGUGUCUUCAGAUAUGUAUAUAUAUCAAAUUAAUUUUGGUGUAUGAAAUAGCCAAACUGUACAAAUGCUUCAGUCCUCUAGCCUUACCCAUUUCAUUUGGUUUGAAUGGUGUGUGUUUGUGUAUGGGUGGUAAUGUGUUGUGUUACCACAUUAAUGUCAUUAUCUUUCAAUAUUGCCCUCCUGGGAGGAUUCCAGACAUGUACUAUCUUGUCGAAGGUUCUGGACCCACCCCACCAUUCCACCACAACUGGCAGCAGUAUUUAGGGAGUGGACAAGAAACAGGGUUGGGCAGGACAGACGCAGAAUCAUGUAAUGACGUGUGUGGAGAUCACACUGUGAAGUAUUGUGUGGAUUUGCGUUUUUUUUGUUAUGAUGCAGCUCAGAAUGGAACCAUUGGAAAGAAUGGGAUCAUGAGUCAUUAUCGUUGUCAUCUGAGACUGGUUUUAUUACCCAAUGCUGCAACUUGUCCCCAUAUCAGCUCACAUCCAUGGCCAACCCCACACUGUCGAAGACAUACAGUAUGUGUAAAGUGUUGUCACAAAAUUGUAUGAUUUCCUGUAUAUGGCUGUAUAUUUAUGAAGUUUGGUUGAUACCAUUAUUUUAACAGCUUAACAUUAAUUUAUUCUACCAGUAGGUAGGUAUUGAAUCUGUUAGCAGUGAACAAGAAGGCUGGACAAACUUGUUGUUAAAUAUCUUAACUUGUUUUUA